AUGGACUAUCUCAUUCGCUUCUCUCAGUCCCAUGAGACUUUCCGUUUGCCUGAAAUGCAAGCAUUGGCACUUAUUGAGGGGAUUGACUUGAAGGUCAUCUCGUACACUCUCGAUUCCCCAUUUUGCAUCGUCAACCUCCCCUCCGAAGCGGCCGCCCGGCGGCUGAUCCGGCGGUCCAUCCUCGCCAUGUCGAUCCACGAGCUCUGGGGGUCCGGGACCGACCUCUCCGCCGUGCACGCGGCCGUGCACGAGUCCACGGCACACCUCUGGGCACAGUACCUGAGCUGCUCCUUCAAGUUCACCAUCGACUCGUACCAGGGGUCGCGGGCGGCCGACGACAAGAUUCGCAUCAUCAACUCGUUCGCCUACCUGGGCUUCGCGGGCCCCAUCGUGAUGCGGCAUCCCGACCAGGAGUUCAUCCUGUUCGAGGACUGGGAGUUCAACUCGACGCCGCUGGGCAUCCCCGACCCCAAGCACUACUACUUUGGCCGCUACCUGGCCACUGGCGCUCGCGACCUGCCCAAGAAGCUGGACCUGAAGAAGCGCCGCUAUAUUAGCACCACGUCCAUGGACGCCGAGUUGGCGUUGGUGACGGCUAACAUUGCGCUGGCCGCGCCGGGGAAGAUUAUGUACGAUCCCUUCGUGGGGACGGGGAGCUUUCCGAUCGCGUGCGCGCAGUUCGGGGCUGUGGCGUUCGGGAGUGAUAUUGAUGGCCGGAGUAUUAGGGGGGAUGAGAAGAAGCGGACGCUGAAGGGGAAUUUUCAGCAGUAUGGUCUGCUGGCUGGGUUGGGGGGCAUGUUUACGGCAGAUUUGACCAACUCGCCGAUCCGGAAGGCUGCGUUAAGGGACCCCGACUUCAUCCCGCCAAGGAAACCAUAUGGGUUUCUUGCCAUGUUGGACGACAUCCUGCAAUUCUCAGCCCAAACACUUGUCGAUGAUGGGCGGCUAUCAUUCUGGAUGCCUACGGCGAACGACGAGCAACAAGAGGUCCCAGUCCCAACACACCCUUACCUCGAAAUCGUCGCGGUGUGCACACAAGUUUUUAACAAGUAUGCGGAAGUCGACCAAGAUGCGAUGCAAGCACGGGAAGAGAUGAAGCCAGUUGGCAAGACAGUGGACGAACUGAAUCCGUUCCGCAAGGCGUAUUUCAACGGGUUUGAACCAGCUGCUGAAACAGCUGAUGAUGCGCCAUAG